AUGCCAUUGAAGUUCUCGUUUGAUAUGAGGUCAGCAUCAAAUAUCAUAGAAGCUGCAAAUGAACCCGAUUUGGACACCGAUCCCGAAAGGGCACAGUAUGUGCGAUCCAUACCCAACGCCCUACUAUUCAAUGGCCUAUUAAUGCAACACUACUUCAUAUCACCGGAAUUCCUAUCAAAAGGGACAGACAUAUGGCUGGCCACGUAUCCCAAGUCAGGUAUGACGUGGACGGCGGAGAUACUGUCCCUCGUGUGCAAUGACGGGAAUAUAGACAAUGUUAAAGAUGUAUACCUACCGAAACGUGUCAAGCACUUCGAGAUGGGUAGCCCUACCGGUCCCUCGGGAUUCUUGGGUCCCGAACGGCUACUAUCAACCCAUUUGCCCGCGACUCACAUCCCACUUCAGUUGAAGCAACUGAAAUGCAAG